CCUACAGGGUUCCCAGAGGCCCUGUGCCUCAGGAAGGAUGGGGAGAAGGAGAAAGAGGAGGAGGCAGAGUACAGGCAGAGGAGGCCAAGACCCGUCACCUUCACAUUGGGCAAUGAGAUCCUGGGGCUGGGCCCAGAGACUGAGUUUCAAAGCCCUGACGCUGAGGUCUACAUGCAUUUCAUGAGGAGCCACUGCUGCUACGACGCCAUCCCCACCAGCUGCAAGCUCGUCGUCUUUGACAUCUCCUUGGAGAUCAAAAAAGCCUUCGUGGCACUGGUGGCCAACGGGGUGCGUGCUGCCCCGCUCUGGGACAGCAAGACACAGAGCUUUGUGGGGAUGCUCACCAUCACCGACUUCAUCAACAUCCUCCACCGCUACUACCGCUCGCCCCUGGUUCAGAUCUACGAGGUGGAGGAGCACAAGAUUGAGACCUGGAGAGAGGUGUACCUGCAGGGCUCCUUCAAGCCACUGGUCUACAUCUCCCCGAGUGAUAGCCUCUUCGAUGCUGUCUACUCCCUGAUCAAGCACAAGAUCCACCGCUUACCCGUCAUCGAGCCCAUCUCGGGCAACGUCCUGCACAUCCUGACGCACAAGCGCAUCCUCAAGUUCCUCCACAUCUUUGGCUCCACCGUCCCCAAGCCACGCUUCCUGAAGAAAACGGUGCAGGAGCUGUGCAUCGGCACCUUCCGUGACGUGGCUGUCGUGCCCGAGACCGCGCCCGUCUACACCGCCCUGGAGAUCUUCGUGGACCGACGUGUUUCCGCCCUGCCUGUCAUCAACGAUGCCGGGCAAGUGGUUGGCCUCUACUCCCGGUUUGAUGUCAUUCACCUGGCGGCCCAGAAGACCUACAACAACCUGGACAUCAGCGUGCGGGAGGCACUGCAGCAGCGCACCAUCUGCCUGGAGGGGGUCCUCACCUGCUACCCCCACGAAACCAUGGAGGACAUCAUUGACCGUAUCGCCAAGGCGCAGGUCCAUCGCCUUGUUCUGGUGGACGAGAACCAGUACCCGCGGGGCAUCGUCUCCCUCUCCGACAUCCUCCAGGCCCUUGUGCUCACUCCCGCAGGUAUCGAUGCUCUUAACUCUUAGCCCGCACCGCUCCAUCUUUCUCCACUUGCACCUUCUGUUUCUCUCCACUUCAGG